AUGUUCCGGAACGCUCUCCGACAGUCCACGCGUGCCGUGGGCGCCGUCUCUGCUGCCGGCAGAGUCGCCGCGCCUUUUGGGUUCUCCGACGCGCUGGCGGUGCCGGCCCGAUUUGAGCACUUUGCUGGGGCUUCGGCUAACUUGCUCCCGUUUCCGUCCCAGUCUCGAAGUGCCGCAAAACCCGCCGUUGUCGCCGGUCUGCAGGCGGCUCGAACCUACGCCGACAAGGCCUCACCAACUGAGGUCUCCUCGAUCCUCGAGCAGCGCAUCCGUGGUGUCCAGGAGGAGUCUGGACUCGCUGAGACUGGUCGUGUCCUUUCCGUCGGCGAUGGUAUCGCUCGUGUCCACGGUCUUGCCAAUGUCCAGGCCGAAGAGCUGGUUGAGUUCGCCUCUGGUGUCAAGGGUAUGUGCAUGAACCUCGAGGCCGGCCAGGUCGGUGUUGUGCUAUUCGGUUCCGAUCGCCUUGUCAAGGAAGGCGAGGCUGUCAAGCGUACCGGCGCCAUUGUCGACGUCCCCGUUGGCCCUGAGCUGCUUGGCCGUGUCAUCAACGCUCUCGGCGAGCCGAUAGAUGGAAAGGGCCCUCUUAACACCAAGGAGCGUCGCCGUGUGCAGCUCAAGGCUCCCGGAAUUUUGCCUCGCAAGUCUGUCAACGAGCCCGUCCAGACUGGUUUCAAGUCCAUCGAUGCCAUGGUACCCAUUGGUCGUGGCCAGCGUGAGUUGAUCAUCGGCGAUCGUCAGACCGGCAAGACUGCCGUCGGUCUUGACACCAUCCUCAACCAGAAGCGAUGGAACAACGGCAACGAUGAGUCCAAGAAGCUGUACUGUGUCUACGCCGCCGUUGGUCAGAAGCGAUCCACUGUUGCCCAGCUCGUCAAGACCCUCGAGGAGAACGAUGCAAUGAAAUAUUCCAUCGUGGUAGCUGCGACUGCUUCCGAAGCUGCACCUUUGCAGUACAUUGCGCCAUUUACAAGCGCAGCUUGCGGUGAAUGGUUCCGUGACAACGGACGGCAUUCCCUGGUGAUCUACGACGAUCUGUCCAAGCAGGCCGUCGCCUACCGUCAGAUGUCCCUGCUUCUCCGUCGUCCUCCUGGUCGCGAGGCUUACCCGGGUGACGUUUUCUACUUGCACUCUCGUCUGCUCGAGCGUGCUGCUAAGCUCAACAAUGACCAUGGUGGCGGUUCAAUGACUGCCUUGCCCAUCAUUGAGACUCAGGGUGGUGAUGUAUCUGCCUACAUUCCCACCAACGUCAUUUCCAUUACCGAUGGUCAGAUCUUCCUGGAGUCCGAAUUGUUCUACAAGGGUAUCCGUCCCGCUAUCAACGUCGGUCUGUCCGUCUCUCGUGUCGGUUCCUCUGCGCAGCUCAAGGCCAUGAAGCAGGUCGCUGGUUCCCUCAAGCUUUUCUUGGCCCAGUACCGCGAGGUCGCUGCAUUCGCCCAGUUUGGUUCUGAUCUGGAUGCUUCCACCAAGCAAACCCUGGCCCGUGGUGAGCGUUUGACUGAGCUUCUCAAGCAGAAGCAAUACUCUCCCAUGGCUGUCAAUGAGAUUGUUCCCCUCAUUUUCGCUGGUGUCAACGGGUACCUCGAUAACGUCCCUGUGUCCAAGAUUCUCCAGUGGGAGUCUGACUACCUUGCUCACCUCAAGGCCAACGAGCCUGAGAUCCUCAACACCAUCGAGAAGGAGGGUGCCAUUAGCAAGGAGCUUGAGGCUAAGCUGAAGGACGUCACCCAGUCUUUCAUCAAGAGCUUCCUUGGCUAA